AUGACCUCUUCUACUCCACUUCAUUUACAGCCUUUUACGCUUCUCCAAAAUCGAAGUACUGAAACCAAGUCCUUUUAUCUUUUCCCUCAACUCCCUAGGGAGCUUCGGAACAAGAUAUGGCAUCAUUCCAUGCAACGUUCGCGAAUCUUUCACAUGAGUCUGCAUGAUCUAGACAAAACGCCACCUAAGGAUAUACCAGACAUCCCAACCUCGACCGACAAUCAACGUUUCUUCGCUGUUACCGAGGGGCAACAAAGCAUGAGCAAGUUAUUCCGAGUUAAUCAAGAAGCAAGGGUAGCUGCAUUAUUCUUUUACCGAGUUCGGAUACCCUGCUGGUUCCGCAUUGGAAGCGUUGACGACAAGCUCCCUCUAAAGCCUGGUCAACUAUAUUUCAACCCAGAGCACGACUUUCUCCGACUCACCGCAAAAUGGUCGGUAAAGCACACCCUGUUCCCUUUCCUUUAUCUCUUCAACACCGUUUACGACCCCAGUCAUACCGGCCUUCGCAAUUUGAUAUUUUAUGGCAACGAUCUGUCUGGCAACGAUCUACAACUCAUGGAUUGUUCAACGGCCGAUCUCGAUGCACAUUUAAAAGAAGUCUUUACCGACACAAUCAAGAAUCUCCAUCAGGUUUUUUUCUUCACCAAUGGCUGUCUUCAUUCCCGCCAAUUCGCCCAAGGUGGGGGACAAUUCCUACUUGCUAUCACUCAAUACAAUCGCUCUAUUCCUAUUGAAACUAGGGUCCCAAGUUUUGAUAGUGUACCGCGUGAUCCACGUGCUAUCGGCGAGGAUUUGAAGGAUGUUAUGACUCACGGCGAUGACCAUAGGAGACCCUUUCGACUAUGGACCAACAUAUUGGGGAAAUGGGGGUUGUCUGCAACGUCCCUCGGCAUCGAGUACAAAUGGAGCUUUGGAUUCAAACCAGAUGACCGUCUUAGAAUCUUGGGAAGAGAGACGGCAAGGAGAUUUAUGCAAAAAGAAGACAACUAUUGGAAUGGCACUCUGGAUGCCGAACAAGAAAGAGUGUACGCCGAACAGAAAUUAGAAGUGGGCGCUCAAAGCGAAAAGUAUAAGGGCGAGGAUUUAGAGCGCGCUGUUAGACCUGCAUUUGGCUUUUGGCUGUUUCCUAUUGAAGCACUGGAUUCUGUGGACGAUGAAGGUCAAUACACGAGGUAUUCGGAUCUUUCGAAGUAUUGGCCGGAGCUCUGGCUAUCAAGUUUGCCUGAGAGCGGUUGA